AUGAAUCAGAAUUCGUCUAGUGAAGAGUUAACAAAAUCGAAACCAUCUGCUGCAUCCAAUGAGAAAGGGACCAGUGAUUUACUUGCAUGGGACCCUCUGUUUGGACCAUCUCUUGAUUCAUCAUCUUCAGCUUCACUAACUUCAUCAUCAUCAUCAGCCAGGCCCACAACUCCUCUUUCUGUAGGCGCCAUUGUCCCACCUCCAAGGCCUGCUUCCAGACCAAAGCUUACAUCAGGCAAACUCAGUGGCAUUAAUGAAAUACCCAGGCCAUUCAGCCCACCUGUAACUUCCAAUACCAGCCCGCCUCCUGCUGCUCCUUUAGCUCGGGCAGAAAGUUCUUCUUCUAUCUCAUCAUCUGCUUCAUUAAGUGCUGCCAAUACUCCUACAGUAGAAGAUGAUAAUUUGAUUGGGACACUCUCUGAAAUUGAAAAGCACUGUGAGACUUCACAAGGUGUGUCACGAGGUCCCAGCCCUGUCAGCCUUGGAAAUCAGGACACCUUACCCGUGGCAGUCGCCCUUACGGAAUCUGUUAAUGCCUACUUUAAAGGAGCAGAUCCCACCAAGUGUAUUGUGAAGAUCACUGGUGACAUGACAAUAUCAUUUCCAAGUGGGAUUAUUAAAGUCUUCACUGGCAAUCCAUCUCCAGCUGUGCUCUGCUUCAGGGUGAAAAAUAUCAGCAGACUAGAGCAGAUUCUUCCAAACGCACAACUUGUGUUCAGUGAUCCAUCGCAAUGUGAUUCUAACACAAAAGAUUUUUGGAUGAACAUGCAAGCUGUUACUGUCUACCUCAAGAAACUAUCAGAGCAGAACCCAGCUGCUUCUUAUUAUAACAUAGAUGUAUUAAAGUAUCAGGUAUCAUCAAAUGGUAUUCAGUCCACUCCUCUAAAUCUUGCAACGUACUGGAAAUGUAGUGCUAGCACCACAGAUCUUAGAGUGGAUUAUAAGUACAACCCAGAAGCAAUGGUGGCACCGAGUGUGCUUUCUAACAUACAGGUGGUGGUACCCGUGGACGGAGGAGUCACAAACAUGCAGUCCCUUCCCCCUGCAAUAUGGAGUGCAGAACAAAUGAAGGCCUUUUGGAAACUGUCAGGUGUUUCAGAAAAAUCCGAAAAUGGAGGUUCUGGGUCCCUAAGAGCAAAAUUUGAUCUUUCAGAAGGACCCAGUAAACCCGCAACACUUGCAGUGCAAUUCCUCAGUGAGGGAAGUACCCUCUCAGGAGUGGAUGUUGAACUUGUAGGCACUGGUUACAGGCUAUCCUUAGUAAAGAAGCGGUUUGCCACUGGACGGUAUCUGGCAGAUUGUUGAUGGACCUAUCAAAGUGGUUGGCUCAAGGGAGUAGUACAGACCUGCCCUUCUGCAUUAUCUAUUCUUUCCAAACACUAUUCCAGCUUGUAUUACGUCUUUAAAACUUAGACAUAUUUGAGAGCUGACUGUAAAUAUUAAAUUGCACCUUUGAAGUGAGUCAUCAAAACAAAUAGCACUGAAACAAUUUUCAGCAUUGUAAAUGAUCAACUGCAAUAUUCAGGACACACACUGAUUCAGAUUCUCAGUAAAAAGUUUUCAUAGGCUGAAAUUUUAAAUUAUCUUUAGUGUCUAUAUUGAAAGAGGGGGUUAUUAUAAGUGUAAUAUCAAGUCUAAACUUUCAGGAGAGCAAGCACAAACUAAUUUAGCUUUCCAUAAAUUUUUAGAGUCAGAGAUAGUUUUGAAAUUUUGUAAGUUAGAUGUUGAAUGGAUUCUAAGUUUUGGAUAAUGUUAAUUUAGAACACUCAAUCAAAUUGAGUUAUGUGCCAUAAAGUAAUCAGACCAGAGUCCAAGGUGUAUGCAAAAAAUUUAUCAUUUGAUUUUUAUAAACAUAUAACUGUAAAUGGUGUUUUAUAUGAUUUUUUUAAUCCUCAAGUGCAAUGUGUUUUAAAAUAAGCUUGCAAAAGACAGAAAUUUACUUCUGCAGUUAACUUUAUAGAAGUUUUGAUUGUUUUGAUGAAUUAAUGCUGUAGAUUUAAUUUAUUUUUAUAUGGAUUGCAUAAUGUGUGCCUUUUAAAACAGUAACAAAAACCAGAAAUGUGCCUAUCCAGUUUGUGUUCAUGGAUGUGCCUCACAGCCUGGAUCUUCUAUCCAGAAUCUUAUGGUGGUCAAGCAUUUUUACAAGAUAAUUGCAAUUUUUGUAAAUAACUUUGGCUGGAAUUGGGAAGGGAAUUUGGAAUAACUAAAGGAUAAUUUAUACUUAAAAACCCUGGCUCACUUCUUCAGUGAAACACUGUAGCCACUAGAAAGAGGAAGAGCUACCUAAUGGUUUCUGUUUACAGGGGGAAAAAUUACCUUCAGAAACUCGAUCUUAACCUUAUCAAAAGUAUGUAAAUCUUAAAUUCUGAAAAACUAUAAUGGUAAAUUGGUAACUAGUAUUUUAACUCUCAAUUUAACAUUUUCCUCCAUUCUGUUUACCAUCGGAAAUUUAUACCUUUAUUUAUUGAAUGUGUUGUGAGCAUGAAUUUUGCGGUAUUUUGUGAGGAACAUAUUUUAGAAAAGAUUAGUUCUGGCAUUAGAGAAGUCUGCCAUUUGUUUGCAUUUCAACGAUUGGAAAAAUUGCCAAUUUGUAUGUUUUUAAAGUGAUGGAUUGCUUAAACAUUUCUUAAGUAAACUAAUAUUAAAUGGUAAAGAGCCUAACUUUAUAGCAAAUCCUGAUUAAUUGAAGGAAUUAAAUAUUUUGGACAAGGUUUCAUAAUUUACAAGUGGAAAUUCUAUUUAUAAGGAUAAAUACCAGUUGUCCUGCAUUUUGCAUAGAAGUGAUAAAUUGUUAUAUAAUUUAUAUAAAACCACUAAUUGUUCUGUUAAGCUUUACAGAAAGUAAAACUCUUACUACUAGACAUUUAUGUAACAUGUUGCUAUACUAAAUACAGAAAAUCUACUCAUUAGCAAUAUAUGUAUAUAACACAGUAUGUGCUUUUCUAAUAUAUUCAGUGUUAGCCCAAUUCUAAAUUUAGAUUUGACUAAAGUAAUACAUAAGACAGUUUGCUAAAAGUUAAUCUUUACUAAAUAGUGAGCAAAAUUAGAAAUUCCAACUCCUGUAUUACGUUCUUUUAAAUGCCAGUUACAGGCCCUUGCUGGAAUCUUAACUGUAACAGCAUAGCACUCAAACUGUUUUUAUUGAUCAGUUAAUAUUUUAUUAUUGGAAUUUAGAGACCAUUAUACUUACAAUGUUUGUUUUUAAUCAAAUAUUACCUAAAAAUGUACAAAUUAGUGAAAUGGUUAAACUUCUGCACUUUCUUAAUUACCAUAGUCUUCAUACCAAGUGUCAGUACAUAAAUUUGUAUUGGGUGCAGGUUACAAUUUUGAAGCCAUAUGAGUUUAUAUUGAGGUUUUGGGUAUUUUUCCCAUUUAAAACCCCAUUAAUACUGUUAAAAAAAAAAGAAAAGAAAAGACCAGUAGAUUUUCAAGGGGAAAUGUAUUUAGCAAGCUGGUUCUUGCUUAUGUAUGAUGAUUAAACUUUGUAGCUGUCUCUUUAACCAAGAAUUUGUAAACACAGAACUCUAACAAAUGUGAGUUUUUAAGAAUUGUUAUUUACUACUUUGAGUUGUAAUUACAACAGUGCAAAUCUAUCUUACAAAAUUUUGUAAAUAUUUGAUUUUUUCAUAAAAUGUAAAUUUUACAUAAAAGUUGUACCAUUAAUAAACAUGUAAUAUAUAAUUUA